AUGGCCACCCAUACGACGCGAUUAUUGCACCAAUUUCUCCUCAUACUAACGCUUGGGACCGUGUCCUUAAUUUUUGAAAUUUACUGGACUACACAUGCGAUCAUUGAAGGCAAUGCGAGCACACCGGAAAAAAACCUUUGGAAAUACUUUUCUUCAUUCGUGUCGACAAGAAAUGCCCAAAUUUAUAUCAGCAGUAUUGGCUUCGAUAGCUUCGCUGGCCGAUUCACGUCGCCGAAACCAUGGAAUCACUCUCAGUUCUUUCCUGGAAGAAGGAAAAUCGAUGCACGCGACUCCGCCAUUUACAGUUUUGCCAACAUAUCGAGUGCUUCGGCUGCUAUUCCACUCGUGCUGACGGUGAGCUCUGAGAAUGCUAGCAGCAUUACGACGACCAAAGCAAAUACCUCCGGCCGAAAGGAACACCCCGACAAUACAUUUUCAGCAUGCAUCCUCGUCAUGGACGACAACCAUCGACUCGUGGAGUGGAUUGCUUACCACUACUACGCCUUGAAUCUGCGGCACUUGGUAGUUACGGUGGAUCCUCAUUCCAGAACGCGUCCUACGGCGGUACUAGAUCGCUGGAGAGAUCGCAUGUAUAUCGAAGAAUGGAAUGAUCGAUCGUUUCUACCCUCUAAUAUUGGACGAAGCGCGAACGAUACGGUCGAACAACGACAUUUAAAGCAUAGGUUUCGUCAAGCACAAUUUUACAAGGGCUGUAUCCGAAGACUAAGGGAAUUCAACCGAUCUUGGACGACUUUCAUCGACUCCGAUGAGUACCUUACCAUCAAUAGCCGCAUGGUGGACAACACGGCGCUCCGGAUGCAACAACCAGGACACGUCGCCGACUACUUUCACGAGUUAACAUGGCAAGCGCACAGCGGACCAAACUACACCUUCGCUGUGAAUUUCGGUCAAUCCUGCGUUUUGCUAUCACGCGCCAUGUACGGAUCAGUAGAAAGUACAGACGAGGAGAUCCGUAGGGACGUGCCAGAUUUUCUGGAUCCAGCCCGCUUUGAUACGCUGCGAUGGCGGCAUCGCUCAACCGAGGAUGACCACGUGUUAGCCAAAAGUCUGAUUGACGUCUCUCAAGUAAAGCAACACCACUUGGAUGGCAAAGCCAAUGCGCACAAAGCUCUUGUUGAAAUGUGUAAGUCAAACUCGUGGAUAGCGUAUACACUGCCCAUUGGCAUUCAUCACUACCUUGGUAGUUGGGAGCAGUAUAGCUACCGAGACGACGCUCGCGAUGGUGGCGAUGCACACAGCUACGAGACGUGGCAAAGGAAAGGCUCUGCGCUGGUCAGUACAGAUGACGAGAUCCGCCCUUGGAUUCGCGGGUUUGUAAAGAUGGUAGGCAACGGUACGGCACUGUCUUUGUUGGAAGGAGCUGGGCUUCCCACAAACCGGACUGCGUAA